GUGGAGAAUCGUGACAAACAGAAAAUCAACGCCACGAUGGCGAAAUCCUUGAAGGCUGGGGACAAAAAACAGCUGUCCAAGUGGAUCGGCGGGAACAAGGGUCUCGAGCUCAUCUACCAGGCGUCCCGUGACGGCUGCAGCGCCCAGGCGUUCCACAAGAAGUGCGACAACAAGGGCCCCACCCUGGUGGUCCUCUACAACACCGCUAACUGUGUAUUCGGGGGGUAUUCAUCCGCCAGCUGGAACACGACCGCGGGCUAUGUGAACGACCCGCACGCGUUCUUAUUUAAGUUGUACUAUAAAGGAAACUAUGAACCUAAACUAUUCCAGACCACGAAACCGGCAUAUGCCAUAUGUUGCAACGGCUCGUACGGACCUAUUUUUGGAGCGGGCCAUGACUUGAUUUGUUUCGGCACCGGUCCGUAUCCCAAGUCUGGUCAGUAUUACCAGGUGGGCGCCGUGACGGCGUUUGGUGACAGUUAUAAUAUGCAGGGGGAGACGGCCACGACCAUCACGGGAGAUAACCUACAGUUCACAGAGAUUGAAGUAUACAGGGUCACAGAUGGCAAGACGAUCCCGGAUGAGCCAUGGCGGAAGUUGCCAGAAACCAGCACAAAGGAACUAAAGUCUGAUAUCGACGCAUACGCACCUCUUCCUGGCCUUAAAGUAAACCACGUAAACAUUCUGCUCAUUGGCGCGGUGGGUGCUGGGAAAUCCAGCUACUUCAACAGCAUCAACUCCAUUUUCAGAGGUCAUGUGACCAGUCAGGCCUGUAGCGGAAGUUCGGAGCACAGUCUCACGACCAUGUAUCGCAUGUACAAAGUACGGUCCUCGGAGAAUGGCCACCCUUUAAAGUUUCGCCUGUGCGACACCCGGGGCCUUGAAGAGGGACAGGGCAUGGACACUAGUGACCUCGUCGCAGUUCUGGAUGGUCACUUACCUGACAGAUACCAGUUCAACCCCGCGGUGCCGAUCUCCCCCGACACCUCUGGUUACAAGAAGAACCCAACGCUGGAGGACAAAAUCCACUGUAUCGCCUUCGUCAUAGAUGGGUGCACGGUGGACGUCUUCCCAGACAAGAUACUCCAGAACAUCAAGUCCGUGCAGCUCAGAGCCAAUCAGAGAGGCAUCCCUCAAGUGGUUCUGCUGACGAAAGUGGACAAGGUUUGCCAGCUGGUGGAGAACAACUUGUCGCAGGUGUUUCACAGUCCCACGGUCGGCGAACUGGUCGACCAGGUGGCGCAGCUCGUCGGGCUGCCACGUGCGCACGUACUUCCGGUUAAGAACUAUGAGAAAGAGAUGGAUUUGGACCAGAACGUCGAUGUCCCUGCGCUGCUCGGUUUGAGGCAGAUGCUGCGGUUCGCAGACGACUAUCUCUACAAUUCGCUGGACCAGCGGUGUUCCCUAUACUGCGUGAGAUACUGCAACUGACGCAAGGGAAAUAAGUCAUGAUCACAAAUCACAAGAAACAUAACUCGUACUCACCACUGAUGAAGUUAAUAUCUUACAUUAAACGUCAUGCUAAAAUUCUGAAACAUUUAUUUUUGCCACCCUUUUACUCUACUGGUUCACCAAACUGCGAUUCGCAUACCAAAACACUAUUUGAUAUAAUGAAUAAUGUGUCAUGGAUAUAAUAAAUUGUCUUUUUUACCAUUCUUGUCAUAGAUAGAACUCUCUGGUGAAGCCAGAUGUUGUGCUCACGACAGACGUGAUUGAACUGGAUUUUUUUUAGAAUCACGCCAAAAAUGAUCUAUACCCAUACACUUUUAAGCAUUAUAAACCAAAAAUAGUAGACAAAUUAACGCUCGUUAAUGUUCGCUAACAUCCGAUAACAUUCGUUAAUUCCCGUUAGCGUCCGCCUAGCCAAGUAUUGCUGAUGGCAGCGAACACUGAUGGUUCUUAACAGAUGUUAUGGCGUCGAAUUAUGGGGCUAAUGCCACAUAUUGUUCUGUAUGGUUCAGGUUUAGACUCAUCAGAUGUGUUCUGAGAAAUAUUUUUCUUUAGAGCACUAAAGAAAAUACUGAACUUGUGAAAUAAUGGCAGACAACUUCUGGUUCCCCUAACCUUCAAAACUGAGUGUUGGUGGAUUUACUUUUUAAUAUCAGUACAGUUUAGGGGUGGCCCACAUUAAAUUUCACCUUAGAAUUUGAGCACGUCUGUGCAAUAUUCUCAUUCAUUUUGUAUUCUUGUCCUCCAUUUCACCUAACCUUUGAACUUUUGAUUCCGAUUAAAAAAAACCCACAAUAAUGAUUUAUAUAUAUAUAUAUAUAUAUAUAUAUAUAUAUAUAUAUAUUAUUUC